AUGCCAGAGCACGGGGCAGCCUCUGGCUUUCUCGCACGAUGGGCGCUUAACUACGGCACGAGAGGAGGCGAAUGUAGAGAUGGAGAUAGAUCUGAUCGGGCGGGUCGGGUGUUGUCAACUGGUGCUGCGGAGGCGCGCGAAAUUGAUGGGGCGGCUUUGAUCCCCGAAUUCCCCGCACGCGGCGGGCGGAGGUCAGGUCAGGUCGGGUCAGGACUGAUUGAGGGUUUGAUGGAGCCCCGACGGCGUGGAGGGUCGGACGUAAUGCGGGUUGGGUCAGCGCGUUCCCAGGUGCCUGGCGCCGCUGGUUGUGCUUCGACGACGGCGUGCAUGGUGAAGAGGGUGAAGAGUGUCACUGACCUUGACCUCCGCGAUGGCGAUGAAAACGUUGCAUUUGACUGGCCACUGCUCAAGAUAUCCUUCAACAUGAGAAUAGCUAUGGACUCUGAAUACUAUACCUUCGUGAAUGAAUCUCUUGCAUCAGUACAAGCCUCUUCACUGGGCACUUUCUGCCCGCCAGCCUCAAUGGCGACGAUCUGGAUCGCUGCAGAAGAGGCGGGAAUGUCGAUUGCGACUGCGACAGGGCGGACGGCCAGCUUCAGGUUCACGACGUUUAUUCAGCUAUGCAUCAUAGAAGGCUCGAUUGCCCCUCUCUCGAUUGGCAACGUUCUCUAUAAAAACAAGCCUUGCUCGUCCCAAUGA